AUGGUAAAUUUAUCACUUUACACUACCAUCGCCGUAAUACUUCUUGACGGUGAGGGAAACAGGAUUCUUGCCAAAUAUUAUGGUCCCAGGAAUCCCUAUCCUACAUCUAAAGAACAAAAGGUCUUCGAGAAAGGAUUAUUCGAAAAAACUAGAAGAGCAAACGGUGAAAUCAUUCUCUACGACAAUAACGUGGUCCUCUACCGAAAUAACAUUGACGUCUUUUUCUAUGUUGUUGGAUCUGCUGACGAAAACGAACUUUUGUUAAGUAGCAUACUGAAUGCGUUCUAUGACGCCGUAUCCAAUUUGUUAAGGCAUCAAGUUGAAAAAAGGACCAUUGUUGAUAACUUGGAUCUUGUGGUACUGGCUUUAGAUGAGACGAUAGAUGACGGCAUUGCAUUGGAGACCGAUUCAAAUGUGAUCGUAUCUCGUGUAUCUCGUCCUCGCGCUGACACGACGGACAUUCCCAUCACAGAGCAAUCUUUUAUUCAGGCAUAUCACACUGCAAGGGAAAAGGUGGCCGAAAGACUAUUACGUGGCGUGUGA